AGCUGUAAAUCAGUCGUUUUAGGACAGUACAGUGCUGCUUUUUUGUACACGCAGUAUGGUUUCUUUUGAGUUAACCAUCUAACAAGGAAAACAGCUCUGAGCUCAUUUAAGUGUGAACUGGAAACUCGUUAGAAAUGUAACCUUGAACAGGAAAGAAAGGAGUAUUUUAAGUACUAAUUAAACGUAAUUAUGUAGUAUUCAAAAAAGAAUUUUAUGUUCAGUUGCCGGCGAAAGUUAGGGACAGUGAAAAGCAGCGAAAUACAAGCAUUAAUCUGCUCACUUCCCCUUCCACGGUCAGUGACGUUUCCGUGAUAUUCAUACAGAAGUCUUGUUUAAAGUGUCGGAGAAAAGUUUAAUUUCAAUAGUUUUCCUGUUAUAAUUCGGUUUGGGGCAUUUCCGUUUCUUCUUGAAAUACAAGUGACGGUCUUCAUCUAUGGAUCAGUUUCGCUACCGGAGACCUUUUUGUAAAAUGUUUAAAAUGCUUAGAACAAAUCUCAAAAUGUAAAUACUGAAUUGUCAAAUCUUGGUAGAGUUCGCCCUUUACUUUUGUUCAAACUUGCAACAUUAUUUGUUUCACGCUACACGCAUACCAGUAGUUUCCUGACAAACUAAACUGACAUACAAGCUAUGUAAAAAUGUAAAUAAGACGAGUACUUGCUGGUCUAUGACCACUACGUAGAGAAUACCAUUACAUACCAUUAAAUACUCUUUCUUGGUCACUCCAAAAUUUUGUAUAAGCAUUGUUUUCAGUUUCUCAUGGGGCCAUUUAAACUCAAAAAAAAAAAACUAAAGACAAUGCUUAUGGAAAAUUUUGGAGUGACCAAGAAAGAGUUUCAUGGUAUGUUAUGGUAUUUUCUGUAGAGGUCAAUUAGGCUGGUAUCCUGGUAUUUAUGAAACCGCAGACCUUUUUACACGGAUCGGCCUCCUGUCAACACGAAACCAGGGAAUCCGAUCACCGAAACCGCAUUAUUUUAAAUCCGCACCCCAAAGCAGUUUUAAGUCCCCGUCCACACGAAUUAGGAUAAAGAAUAUUCGGUUUCAAAAAUGUCUGGAUUCGUGUGGACGUGGCCUUAUUUAGAAAAAAAUAGAUUCAUUACAUUUCUGACAGCUAAAUUAACAGCAAAGGGCCCAAAAUUGUGACUGCUUUUGAUUUAUUCACAUUCUUUCGUGCAGAUUUAAUUCAAUCAGAAGUCAGCUGGAAACUAUACUCGACUUCUGAUUGGUUAAAUAAUGUCUGCAUGAAAGAAUGUGAAUUAAUCAACGGAGGUCACACUUUCGGACUUCUUCUUGUCCCCUUGUGGGAGACAAUUUUUCAUGGGCGUAGAGCAGGGUAAAAAGAAAGUCAUUUUUACAGCUUACCAUUAGGCAAGCUGGAGCUAGCAUCUACUAGCCCAAAUGUCAUUUCAACCAGCCCCAAAAACGUUUUGAUGAGCAGAAUUGAUUUCACAUUUCUUCUGUAAUUUAAAUUCCUCAAAAAACUUUACUUGCCCGUGGGCAAGUUAAGAACAAAAUUCACUAGCACGAUAGCAAUAUCCGCUAGCCCCGGGCUAUCGGACACGACUUUCUUUGCACCCUGUAGAGGGAGGACGAGUUUUCGGUGUUCAAUUAACAAGUCAGCGGUGUCCUUAACCGCUGCGGUAGGUGCUUGAUAUAUGGGAAUACAGUCAACUCGCGAGAACUCCAUUCUCGUCCCCAGAGCCACUCGGCUUAAUUGUAGACCACGUGACCAAGAAACGACGGGCUCUGGGGACGAGAAUGCGAUAACUCGAACCUUCAAGGGAAAUCGAAAAAAGUUCGAGUUAUCGAAUAGCCGGAAGUAAGGGAAAAACCAGUUUUUUUUUACUGUACAGUGAACAUUUUAACAUUUAAGUGUAGAAAUGCCAAGUUUCUUGUAGCUCAUCGAAUUAAUUUCUAAUUGGAUAUUGUGUAGUCUCUUUGUAUAUACUAGACUGGGGAGUGUGGUGGGGGGCGGGGGGGGGGAUAAAAGUAAUAUAUGUUUGCGUUUAGGAUUUUGCGUGCCGUCCGUAUUGGAGAAACACUGGUCGAGGCAGUCCUUUUACAGUGAAACCUCGCCUUACGGCCACCUCCGUAAUACGGUAACCUCGUUAUUACGGCUACUAUUUUUUGUCCGCCAGGCAAAACGGUCAUACAUUUUCUUGUAAAAAAUACCUCGUUAAUACGGCCAUUUUUUUGGCUCAUUGAUACCCAUAUUAACGGAGUUCCACUGUACCAAGAGUAUAGACCUUGUUUACGUUCGGUUUGUAGACUUAAUACCGAUCAAAAUGAGACAAAUGAUCUUUCAUAUUUAAUGGUUUAACUGCCGUCCCGUUUAUUUACUCCUAAAAAAUAUAACUGGAAUUAUAUUAAGUAAACUAAGUGAGGAAUGUUUGAGGACGCACCCACACUUCCCAGUCGGCAGUGACACCCCGUUUAUCAUCCUGUCGCGAUGCCAUGCCUCUCAGUGGCGCCAGUUAUUAGAUCAAUGGUGUUAUCCGUCCACAGCGUUGAAAGAAUGGGGGAUCACAUGACAAAAGCAUGAUAUAAGGCCGUAGAGAGUUGAGGGAUUACGUCACAUGUGGUCUCUUUUUUCUUACCUUGGAUAUAUAUUUUUUUCUUGUGUAGCGUUUACGAGUGGUUCGUAAUGGCACAAUAAGCGGGGUUCUACCUGGUGUUUUCUGAUAUACCUCUCACUUCGUUUUUUAAAAUAUAAUUUCAGUUAUAGAGGCAGGACGCUUGGUAUAAUUGGGAUUAAAAUUAAUAAUGGUAAUUGGACUCAGUGAAGGCCAAUUUGGUCUGUACACAUACGAGUGAUUAACAAAAUCGGACGAAGUCCGCGUAGCGGGAGUUCGAUUUGUUUAAUUUACGAGUAUGAUUGCAGAACCAAUUGGAAGACGUGAAGUUCUGUUACCAACUAAUCAUAACUAUCACAAAAUUUGUGAUAUUUUAGGCUUUUUUCUAAUUAAGACAAGAAAUUUCUAGAUUUUUGCAAGCAGUGAAAAAAGCUAGUUAACCGCUCGCGUGCGAUGACGCGUACUGUCCUAUUAGUGCUGGCCCUAAUCUCGGUUAAACUGCCGUCCCGUUUAUUUGUUCCUACAGGGACAAGGACAAGUACAACGGCCGCACAACUGUGGUUCAAAAUGGGUAGGUAAUGUCGGUUGCCCACUAGCCGGCGUUAAGGGGAGGGGGGAUGGAGGGUAAGAAAAGGGAAACGCUUGCUACAAAAGCCGCGUCUUUUGCAUUUCGCCCCUUAUUUCAAUUAUCCCAGCUGUCACUUAAACGACCAAUCAGAUUUAGGCCGGCGCUUUUCUGCAUGACUGACUUCACGCGGGAAUGUAACGCCAAAGGCGAUUUCGUAGCUGUAGAGCAUGAGGAAGUCGAGAAAAUCUUCGCAACAGAAUGUCGGCGCCGCGACUCCCACAAAAAUUUGUAAAAAAAAAAAACCAAUGUAAACGUUCAACAAAGCAGCAGUUAAAGAUUUUAUGGAGAUAACUUUACUUCAGGGGAAGGACGAACCUCAUUUGAAAAUUUAUUUUCGCCGUCAGGAAGAGUUGAAAGUGCGGGGCUGAUUUUAGCUCAUUGUUGCGGCUCCACCAUCCACUUGAAGUAGAUUUUGGUCGAGAGUUUCUUUAGUUUAUGGAAUCUGACUUCUGACUGGUUCAAUGUUUCACUAAUGUCGGCCGAACAAAGUAGUCAAUUUAGUAAUGUUUCCCCAGCCAAAGAUAUUCAUAGUAACAUCAACCGAUUUGGUUGAUACUGAGAGGAAUUAUGCACAUCUCAGAAAGUGUUAUGUGCGGGCCGAUAACCGGCAGCGUCCUCGAUCAACCUUAUUCUCCAUAUCGUCCUCAUUCUGAUCCAACAAUUGCUGUCUCAGGACAUUUUUUGGCCGUGAACAGGGGCUUCUGUUAAAUAUUUAUAUGGGCUGUCUGUUGUUGUUGCUGUUGAACUUCUUGUGUUAGUACAAUACAUCUAUGUACCAAUCCAGAAGUUUAAGGCAGCCCGGUAAACCAUCGGUCCUGUACCCGGCCAAUGUUUGCACAAGUCGGACUGAACAAGAUGGUUAAUUUACAAUAUUUUUCCAAGCGUCCUGAUUGUACUGUAUUUUUUUGUCUUUCUUUAGCUCUUUGGGUGAGAGUGGUCAUCGUCAUCGGCAUCUUUGGCCUUGCUUUGGUCAUUACUGUGUUUGUCUGUCGUUGGAUUUGUUGGUUUUGUCAGAAGAGAAGAAAGAAUAAACAGGAAAACCAGGUCCAAACAGAGCUCAGCGAAAAAGACACAAAAGUACAUCCUGAAUUCAAAGGGCUUUGUGAUUUUAACAGUCCCUCUGGCGUGUACGUUUAAAGUGUUGUCUAUGCAUUGAUUGAAAGAUACCUCGACUCACGUUCUGCUGAGCUACUACGAGGGUCUCUCGAGAGCGUUGCGUUGCGUUACAGAUACAGGGUGAGCCGGAAUUGGACUAGUUUCUUUAAUGGCAGCGUCUCUUAAUAUAUAUAGGAUAUUACGUGGCCGCGCGGAGAUACAAAAUUUCUCUUCGAGUGAGCGCAGCGAACAAGUGAAAUAUUUUUUUCAACACAAGAAGAGAAAUUUCGUAUCUCCAAGCGACCAUGCAGUGUUCUAUUUGUUAUAUAAACACCAAUGAAAUACCAAACCAUUUUUAAAUAGUUUUUUGCUCUAAAUGGUGCGGUUUAUUAUGAAGCCAUAGCAGCGGUGAUAUUUUCACAUGCCGCGAAGAUAUCAAGUUUUCGCGAGAAAGCUCACUUGGUAUUUCAUUGGUGUUUAUAUAAUAAAAAGAAUAUAUUUGCUAGACUGUGUACUGUGUACAAAAAAAAAUGAUCUAAGAAAAGGGUGGGCGCGAUUCCUGAAAGAGUAAAAAAUUGAAAUAAUUGUAUUUACCUUCCCACAGUCUAAUUUUGUGUAGUUGUAACGUAGAUCUAUGGGUAAAAGCUCAACAACACUUUCUAAGCUCCAGAUACAUGUUCGGCUGGGCCCAAGUUUGGAGUUUCGAGAAAACUGGGCGUAAGUAAGUUGUGCAUCUGCAUUAGAAGAUUAUUUAACUCUUAAAUAUUUUCUGAGUGGUCAUUCAAAGGUGCUGUUUUGUUGGUCGUCAGUCGGUUAAGCAGUGAUAUUAUAGGCUAUUUGCGUUAUCAGGUCAUUUGACCUCUUUUAUAUGAACACAAUCGCUAGAAAGAUAGAGAAAGACAGUCAGAAAACUACUGUAAGGACAAAAACGAAAAUUGUAUAUACAUCUAUAUAAGAAAGAGAAAGCCGACCAAUAGGUAUUAGAUGUGUAAAGUUCUAUUUUGAUUGAUCGAAUUAUUGUUUUUUAUUGAUAUUAUGCGAUGAUUUCAAAACACGAAUGAGUUUAUAACGGUGACUUAAAUUGCUUCUGUAUAACAGAGACAAGAGAGUUGUAUUAUGUUGUAGUUUUGAAGUGAAUAAAAUUCACUUUAAAAGUAUUUAUUUCCCUUUUCAUAAAGGUUUAAUUAUCACUAUAGAGUUGAACUUCCAUUAACCCUUUGAGCCGUAAGAGUGAUCAGCAUCAAAUUUCUCCUUGUAAUAUCAAUGCUUUAUAAAACAGAUUGGUGAUGAGAAUAAUGGACAUGAUCACACAAGAUGAAUUUGCUUGAUAUUUUAUCAACUUCUCCCCACUACUUCUGGAGGAAAUGAAUAAUUUUGAUCUUAGGGUUUCAAGGGUUAAAGCGACCACCCUUGGGGUACCAGCAAGUGGCCGGCCAAUAGAGGUUCAUUGUAUAUUAGGUAUAGUAACAACAAACACGCGAGCGGCAUUACUGGUCUUCAAUCAAUUGUGACCUUCUUUUUUGGACUCCAUUUUCUUUUAAUAUAUUUUUAAAAUAAAGCCAAACUAAGUGUAUUCGGCGCUUUAUGGUCGCUUAAUGGGAGUAAUGGGAGAACUCUCGUUUGGAUGGCCAAGUGGUGGCCGUGGCCGGGUGGUUGUAAGGCCUGGUUCAGAAGCCGAACUUUUCAUGAGCCCAAAUUUCGACGUCUGAAUCGAUCUCGAACGUCUAUUUCAAUUUGGAACGGCUCAGCCGUUCUUCCCGCCUAUCCCGGCCGGGAAUUUCGACUUUGAAGUGACCUUGGAACGGUUUUGAUUCAGACGCCGAACAUUCCACAUGCUGAACCUAAUACAUAAGUUAUUUAACGUAUUUUGCAAGCAUUUUGACCGAAAUGAGCAUUUUUCUCCUUUUGAAUUUAGUUCGGCGUCUGAAUCAAUUCAGCCGGUCUAAAUAAUUUAGGUCGGCCUCAAUUUGAAUUAUGUUCGGCUCAUAAUAGUGGGGCGUCUGAACCGGGCUUUAAUGGAGGUUAGCCUCUUAAAAUAGGGUGGCCGCUUAAUAGGCGACUGCCUAAUGUAGGUUCUUCUGUAUUUAGUUAUGUCCAACACUCACCACUUGUUCAAGCCGUAUGAAUGAGAUUAAAAUACAG